AAUCCAAAGACCUUGAGAGAGAAAUAAAGUAUUUUGAAAUUUCCAUUGUCAAAAACAGGUGUGCAACAAUGGAUUCUUUGCUGUAUUCUAAUUAUUAGCGAAUUUAGCGAUCACUUAUUACUUUUUGAAGCCUGUUUUUUUAACAAUUUUUCCGGUAAGUCAGGUUGAUGCUGAUUCGUUUUACUUUUACCGAUCGGACAUGAGAAUUAUUCAACGAGGCAAGUAUCCAAUCAAGCAGCAGAUGUCUGAUGAAAACUCAAUGCAUGCUCUGGAGAAGGAAGAUAGCGAAGGUCCAGGUGAAACUAAAACUGAAACCAUCGCGUUUGUGAAGGUUGAACAGCCGUGGAGCUCGCCCGAAUACGAGAACAGUUGUUCUCGUUUCUCGCUGCAGUCUGGGCAUCAGACUGAGGAUGAAGAUGGUGAUGGCUGCGUGAACCAUGGAGAAAUGGUUGAAGUUAAAUUGGAAGUACUUUCACCAUGUCCUGAGGAGUGUCCCAAUGUUGAUGGAAAACUGGACAGUAAGAUUAAUGAUGGUGAGGAUGUUGCCGAGGGAAAUGAAUCCAGUAAGGCGCGUGCGUUCAAUCACACAAAAAAGGGAGGUAUUACAAAGUUGCAAGAGCGGUCGGACUAUCUCGGGGAUAAGUGCGGGGCGGAGAACCCAGACGCGCAGGAACAGUUCACGUCCGACGACAUACUGGUUCCCCGCCGCUGCAAGGACUGCGGGUCGUGGUUCCCGAGCGACGAGCUGCUGGCCGCCCACACGGAGUCCCACUGCCGCGAGUCGCAGUACUUCUGCAGCACUUGCGACCGGGCCUUUGAGGACGGCGCGGCGUUCGCCGCCCACGCCCGCUCGCACGCCGGCGAGCGCAAGCACUGCUGCGAGACCUGCGGCAAGUCCUUCGACCUCAAGAGCUACCUCAGGAGCCACAUGCGGUCCCACUCGAGGGACCAGCCGUUCGGCUGCCCGCUGUGCGGGAAGCAGUUCGCGAACCGGAGCUACCUGCUGGCCCACGAGCGGCUGCACGCGGGCGAGAUCCGGCACUGCUGCGACGUCUGCGGGAGGUCCUUCGCCAUCCGGAGCCACCUGGUGGACCACGCGCGCACGCACACGGGCGAGCGCCCGCACCGCUGCGAGGUGUGCGGCCGCAGCUUCCCGCUGAGGAGCGUGCUCAAGUCCCACACGAGGACGCACACGGGCGUGCAGGCGUGCGGCCAGUGCGGAAAGACGUUCGCGCUGCGGGGGGAGUACGCUGCGCACGUGCGCAUGCACCGGGGCAAGAACCCGCACUCGUGCGGGCUGUGCGACAAGGUGUACGGCAAGAAGAGCGACCUGGUGGUGCACAUGCGCACGCACACGGGCGAGCGGCCGUACCGCUGCGAACGCUGCGGCAAGUCCUUCAAGCACAAGAGCCACCUGACGGAGCACUGCCGCACGCACAGCGGGGUGAAGCCCCACCGCUGCGACCACUGCGGCAAGUCCUUCGCGCUCAAGAGCCACCUCAAGGACCACAACCGGCGGCACACCGGCGAGAAGCCGUUCGUUUGCGCCGAGUGCGGGGACUCGUUCGUGCGCAAGACGUACCUCAUCGACCACAUCCGGAAACACGCAGCAGUACCAUCUGUUGGCCGUGGGAAAACGAAAAAAAAAGCAGCAAAUCCACUUCACUGAUUGGGUUUUAUCAUGAUGACUAAGCUACAAACAGCAGCUCACAAAGAAACAUUUGCAAUUUUUUUAAAAAAAAUAUGUUAUGAAUAUGAACUUGUCAAAUUCAGUUUUCCAUCGUGGCAUUUUUCCAUAAUGCAGGAUAUAUCUGUGUGUUGAUAAGGCAAUAUCAACAUGAAUAUGUAAACCUUAUAGUUCCUACAUGAAAUUCUUUUUUUUUUUUUUUUUUUGAUGUGUGAAAGAACGCGGUAAGUGUUGUGACUAUGUAAAACUGAAACCUUAUGGUAAAGUUAAUUUUUUUUUUAUGUAACCACAUCCGUAUGCAUGUUCGUUUUUUUUUGUUUUUAUUAUUUUUAUUCUGGCUUGCACCCUGGAGUACAUAGAUGAACUUAACCACCAUUCUUGAAGCAAAACAGGAAUUCAUUUGUACAUCCAUCAAGAUUCUAGUCAGAACUUCCUUGGUUCUUGCCAGUGGUAUGUGUAUUUAAUUGAUGAAUUGGUAGAUAGUAACUUUCAAAGCAAGAGAAAGCAUAGAGGCGAGAUAAAUUGUAAAUGGACAAUGAAGAAGAAGAAGGGUUUCCCACCUGCUCUUUUUUCGAUUUUGGAUAUGAUCCCAAAGGGCAUGUUACAUAGCCUCUUACAUGAAACUAUUACGAGUGGUCGCCACUAUCCAGUGUUUUUGUUGGGUAAUGUCUGAACUGUAAUAUGUUGGUUUGAGUGAGUAGUUUCUCAGCAUAGUUUAAUCACCUGUCUGCAUACUGAAUGAAUUCAGACAUGUGUUCUGUUUUGCCUUUAACUGUCUUGGCACCAGUAAACCACUUAGAGAAGAUUUUUUUAAAAUUAAAUAAAUUAAAAAUUAAACCAAAUUUUAAAGUUCUGCUAAAAUUAAACUAUAUUUUACCAUGUUGGUAAGAACUUUUGCUUGUAAACAUGUAAUAUAAUUAUUUUUUUAUUUUUCAGAAAUGGGAGCUGUAACAUAAAAUCUCUGAUUUUAACUUAUAAGGUAUUUUACGUAUGGAUAUGCCUUGAGAUUAGACUAAUUUCAGUUUGUGUCUAUCUUAUAAGCAUUUCUUGUUUAGUGUUCCUAUAGGCAACAAAUGAUAAUUUUGAGGCAAGGGUUGGGAGAUGGUUCAUUAAUAGCUAGUAGUCUGUUCUCAUGACUGCGAUCUCUGGAUAACUCGAAGAAAAAAAAACAUAAAUAAACCUUGCACAGUAAUCAUUGACAAUGUUCUCCAUAUGUAACUAUCAAUUUUUGUUUUUAAACUUGCAAAAAAAGACUCUACGUAGUGAACUAAUUCUAAAACCUUAUAAUCAUCAUUUACUCAUUUAUCAUUGCCUUUUGUACUUACAUAUAUAAAUCUUUAAUUUUUAAUUUAUUAUAUAUGCAUCUUGAUCACGGCAUAGUUUCUUUGAAAUAUCAUUAAAUUUAAACUAUCUGCUGAUAUCAGUUAUGAAGGUUUUAUCAUACUGUGGGCCUGUUAAAACAUGUGUAUUUAUCUUUGAAUGACUUUAUGUGUUGCAAAAUAAAUUACAUCAUAAAUGCCCAUCAUGAAUUGUUGAUGACUGCAGUAUAUAAAUAAUGUACAAUAUCUAGAUAAAAGUGUUAUAAUUUCAUGUUUUUUUAUCUUAAUUAACUGUGUAGUAUGCAAAAAUGAUAUUUUACUUCACAAAAUAUGAUUUUAUAUAUGUAUAUAUGUAUAUUUAUGUUUUCAACAUUGUUCCUUAUGUUAUUUUUGAUUUGUGCUGUAAAUUAAAUAUGAACAUUUGAACCUUUA